AUGGAUGACGGUUUCCGACAGCCUGCCAAACUCCAAAAGCGAAAGAGUCGUGAACGACAAGAGCUUGAGCAGAUAACUGGAGGCUUGAGUGGUCAACCAGCAGCCAAUUCCUCCCAACCUAUGUCCGGUUCAGAGAACAUGACGUCCGCCGAGAAGGAAAAGCGAUCGAAAUGGCGCAUGUCCAAUCCAUUCUCUUCCAAAGAGAAGGCAUCGAAAGACAGUCUUAACCACACUCAGAAGGAAGAAGAAAAGGAAAGGGCUCGUAAGGAUGCCGACUCGGCGUAUUUCAGUAGCGAGCGCAGCAGCGCAGAUCCAAGCCUCGCGAACCAAGCUCGUCCGGUCUCCGGUGAACAGUACCACCAUCCGCCUACGAACAACCAAGCACCUCCCACCCAUAUCACACCACAGAACGGACAGAACCAAAAUACCCUUGCGCCCCCUCAACAAACUCAACAAACUCUCCAAAGUCGUUCGAGCCAUGAGGAUGUGGGCAGAGAGACGUAUCGCGAUGCCGGUACUGGGAACAUUGUCACAGUUACGACGACAACGACAACGACGACUACCACUACAACCGGCCCAGGCGGUUCUACCACCGUAGAGCAGCCCCGCGAUAGCGUUACCGGGUCUGCGCAAAGCGUACACACUUCUGGUCCCAGCCCACCACAGCCGGCCCCUCCUCAGCCUGACAACCACUACCAUCAAGGGCCAGGUCUUUCAGCUCAGUCUGCCAUACCUCAAAACAUAACCCCGCCAGUACCUAUGAACAACAACCAGCAAGGUAACAGAAUCUCUCCACAAGUCUCCAACAUCGAGAGUUCUUCGUCUCCACCCAUCCCAGCAAAGAACAACAUACGGCACAGAGUAGAACUAGAUUCAGUAUCGCCCGGUGUCCAGCGGCCAAACCCGAUGGAGGAAGUUGUCAGCCCGGUUACUCCUAGCAGUCCAAACCGUGCGAACUUCUCUUACCCUGCCAGAGCACCUCCUCAAGGAGUUCCACGCCAAGUGCCUGUUGAUGGUAUACCACCACAGCAGCAGCAGAUGGACCCGCAGCAGCAUCAAACAGGCGUCCCACCUGUACCUCCAGUGCCGGGACAGCAGCAACAGCGGCGAUCAAGCAUUCCUCAAUUGCCGGCACACCAGCAACAACAGUCCGGUAUGCCACCGCCCAUACCCAACCAGCAGCAGUCGAGCAUACCUCCUAGCCUACAGUCUGGCAUCAACAUCAACCCCAACAACAAUGACCCAAAUCGUCCAGUCCCAUACCGAGCCGGUCACGACCUGAACAAGCAGAGCACAAUGGCAAACCUCAAAGCAGCAGCAGCGGGUAUUCACGGCGCAGGAGAAACCCUCCGCGGAACAUUCAACGACACGUUCGAUCGCCGAAACCCAACCGCCCACGCGAAAAACCAAGCCGUCAUCGAUAAAGGCCGUUCGGAAAUCGAGACCGCACGCGCCCGUCAAUACGCAAACCAACAGCAACAGCCGCACAUGGCAAACCAAACGCCAAUGCCAAACCAGCAACAACAUGCACCUAUAAUCGGACCUGCGCCGCCCCCUUCUUCUCAGCCAAGUACAGGGCCACUUGGGGCGCCAGGAAAGACCGCGUACCAAGGACCGCCGGUAUCUGGAUCACAACUUGAGGGGAGGAGUGGUGGAGGCGGGAAAUUGAGUAACAUUAUGAAGAAGAUGAAGGAGGGGCCGACUCCACGUCAAGAUGGGACUGCGCAUCAUUCGUGA